UAUUCCACGGGGGCUUGUUAAUUGGGGUGCGACCAUUUACUAGCUUGGGGUGCAGUCGUGCUCCAAUUAGCAAAAGAUCACUGUAUUACUGAUUGUUAUCCGUAUGUAAUUGUGCAUAUAUCUACGGAAUUACAGCAAUGCAGCAGAGCAACAGCAGCAAAAUUGGGUCGUCCGGUCAGCUUCCGGUCAAAUCAACGGCCACCACUAGCACGAUUCCGUUUCCGGAAAAACCCUGUUCAGGUACCGGGCAGACAGAUUGCCACGGUCAGAAUCGUCAGAAUAGGUGCCGGGCCGGGAUACCUAACAGUCGUGGUGUUGGUGAUGAACGGUGCAUGACCACGGAUAAAGACACCGAGAACUGCAUGUAUAAUUACGAAUUUUUGAACGCAGAACAUGAAGAAGAAAACAUGGAGCCAAAGCGAAAAAAGGGAAAAACGACGAAACCAAUAGUGGUUGACUCUGCUACUUUAAACAAAAUGCGGCUUACGUAUGAGAGCAUCAGACAAAAAAAUGAUUCAGAAUUGCAGCCAAGCAAAAUCCCACUGAGCGUUUCCGUUAAGCUGAAACCUUCCUGCGUCGCAUAUGAUUGCCGUGUGAAGGCAGAACAAAUGACCACCAGCUCUUCACUUGACCAAACAUUACAAACCACAGCAAACACCUCGACCACCUCCGGCAUAUACAAACCCAUGGCUGGUAUUUCGGCUAGAGUGGAUAAUUGCGUCGAACAAUUUUUAAGGACGAAUACUUCGACUGCCGAACAUGUGGCCAGUUUUACGGAACUGCAGCCGAGCAAAAUCCCACUGAGCGCUUCCGUAAAGCUGAAACCUUCCUGCGUCGCAUCGGAUUCCCGUGUGAAGACAGAACAAAUGACCACCAGCUCUUCACUUGACCAAACACUACAAACCACAACAAACACCUCGAUCGCCGCCGGAAUAUACGAACCUUUGGCUGGUUUUUCGGCUAGAGUGGAUAAUUGCGUAGAACAACUUUUAAGGACGAAUACUUCGACUGCCCAACCUGUGUCCAAGCUACAUCCAAGCAAAAUUCCUCUGGGUGUUUCCGUAAAACUGAAACCUUACUCUGCUACAUCUAAUCGUCGCGUGGAGACAGAAAAAUCAAACGCCAGAUCUUCAGUUGAUAAAGCAAAAUCACUUGUAAAAACGACAAAUAACUCGAUCACCGCCAGCUUAUACGAACUCAAAGCCGGGGUUUUGGAUGAUAUUGGUGAUCGCGAAGAAAAAUGUUUAUGGACGGAUAGUUCGACCAGCGAACCUGAGGCCAGUUUUUCGGGUCAACAAAAAUCUUGCACAGUUUCCAGUUUUGAUUUCAUGGAGAAAUUGAACAAUAUCACAACACAUUUGCAGACCAUGGAGGUAAACAUUGGUAGGAAACUAGAUGCGGUAAACUCGAACGGCCAAACAAUAAAGAGAAUAUUAGGAACGCUUAACGAGGAAAUAAAAGGUAUUAAGAAAAACCUCCCGAAUGACGUCGACCCAGUUAAGAUAUGUUUUCCAAUUACAAAUGAUGAUACAUUAAUGGAACUUGAUGUCGGUUUAAGAGAAGAAAAUCGCGAAAAGGAACUGAGGCAGCUGUUCUUGCGUCAAGGGCGGCAGAGUAUGUACGAUUUUAUGAGGGCGAAUGUUGACAAUAUUUUUCGUAACACGAGCCGUUACACAUAUAGCGGCAAAGCGGCAGUCAACAGCCGCCAUCAUGACGAUGUAAAAAAUGCGAGUAACCUUAACAUAGUUCGCAUUUUACUGGACGUAGCUAUGGAGCUGUUCAAAGAAUCGAGGGACAGCUGUAUUCAAACGUUCAAGAAAGCGUUGCAGAAUUUUAACGCUGCUAGGCACAUGCAGGAAGUGCGCCACAAGCCGAACGAAUGAAUGGAAAUCAUCUCGAACCAUCGAUCACACGUUUCAAACAGAGAAAUAAAAAUAACAA